AUGACUGAGAUGUAUUGGAAAAAGAGUUAUUACGGAACUGGCUCAAUUCACUACAAUGACUUCCGAAACACACUUCUUGACACCCUAAUUUUCUCUGCGCGAAACGGCUCUCAGAGUGUUUGCUCAAGCGAAGAACCUAUCGUACACGAAUGCGUUCUCUUUUGGUGUGUCAAAUCCAUCAAGUCAAGCUACGUCUGGGGCAAUUACCACGAAGAAGUUACGGCUAUCUUACAAAAUAAGACAGCUGGUCCAUGGCCGUGGGAAAGUUUUGAAGUACCAGAAGAAGAGGGCGGCGGCAGUUUUACCACCUACUUGGAGAACAUCACCAUCGAAGCACCCAUUUCGAGCCUCAGUCGCACCAAUCUCACCACGCCUGCGGAAUCUUUUGGAGCAAGCAAUCUCACUGCUUAUGAUGCGAUGGCAAUAUUCGACGACUUCUUUCCCUCGUAUUACACCGCUGAUGAUGCUUCCGCGACUCCCUUUCUGCGGUACAAGAAUUACCCUAAUGGUCCCAGUAUUCGCGCCCUAGACUUCAAUCCGUGGCAAGCGCCAAAUGAUGUAGUCUCCCACAUGAAGGAACUGGCUGUAGCUAUAACGAAUGCCAUGCGUUCAAACGCUGAAAGCAUGACAAUGGUUCCUGGACGGGCCUGGAAUACAAAGCAAUAUGUCCUCGUGCGCUGGGGAUGGCUCACCUUCCCGCUCACCUUGCUUGUACUCAGUCUAGCUUUCCUCGUCGCUACUAUCAUCAAAACGUCUGAUGACGCCCAUAGCGAGAUGGGUGUCUGGAAGACGUCCGCCAUGCCGACUCUGAUCUAUAGUCUACCAGUGGAAGUACAGAAGGACCUGAGGGAUUCCAACAGACAAGCCACUCAAGUCGGAAGCAGGGCUCGCAAAUUAAAGAUUCAACUACGCCCACGCCAAGGAUGGAGAGUGUCUGGUCAUACACAAGGUCCCCAACCUCCUCCUGGAUGGAUUUAA